AGGCUGGGCAUCGCCAGUGGCUGCGCUGCACGGAAGGGAGGGAGGGUGUGUUGGGGGGCCGUCUGCUGACUGCAGCCCCAGGGGCCCCCAGCUGCCAGCCCAGCCCCCUCCCGCAGCCAGGGAGGAAGAGGGAGGUGGCUCGGUGGCGGGGCGGCUUCCUCCGGCCUGGCUCAGCUGCUGCUCUAGAGGCGGUCGUCGCGGUGGCAACCGGGAGGGAAGAGAUGCUCCCAGCACCAGCAAGGAUGGCGCCUCCUGGAAGGACAGCCCUGCCUGCGGGGGGCCCAGCAGCAGCAGCAGCAGCAGCAGCAGCAGCAGCGCUCCUCUGAAGAAGGAGCUCCGGAGCCGAGUCCCAGCAAGCCUGGAGGGAUGUGGGGGACCAGAUUCCUAGCAGCAGGAUUCGGUGGAUGAGCUGGGCCCUCGAGCAGACCCUUGAAUGGAAAAACUACAGAAGCAGCUGACUUCCCCAGGAAGUGUCGGCUCGUCUCGGGGAUCCAGCGUCCCCGGCUCGCCCUCCAGCAUUGUGGCCAGAAUGGACAAGGAGGUGUUGGGCUACAAGGACCUGGCCGCCCUCCCCAAGGACAAGGCCAUCCUGGACAUCGAGCGCCCUGACCUGAUGAUCUACGAGCCUCACUUCACCUACUCGCUCCUGGACCACGUGGAGAGGCCACGGAGCCGGGAGCGCUCUCUCUCGCCCAGAUCUCUCUCUCCUCCUCCUUCUCCAGAGGUCACCCGGGACUGGAUGGAGAACAAGCCCCCAGGAACAAGUGCCUCCCAGGCGGCCAGUCGCCGGACAAGCAGCUCCAGCCGCAGCGGGGUCCACCACUUCCACCGCCCUGACACCAACAUGGCGGAGACGAAUCUCUACAAGAAGCCCCCGAUCUACAAGCAGAGGGAGCACUCGGCGGCGACCCCGGCCCCGCAGGGCAAGCACCUGGUUGAGGGCCUGAUCAUCGAGUCCUCCAAGUUCCCCGCAGCCCAGCCGCCGGAUCCCAACCAGCCUGCCAAGAUCGAGACGGAUUACUGGCCCUGCCCGCCCUCCCUGGCGGUGGUCGAGACCGAGUGGAGGCGGCGCAUGGCUUCCAGGAGAGGGGAGGAAGAGGAAGAGGACCCUGCCGAGGAACUGCAGAGCCUGCGUGAGCUGCAGAAGGAAGAACUGAGCAAGGUUGCCUCCAACCUUGGCAAACUCAUCCUGAAGGAGGAAAUGGAGAAGUCGCUCCCGAUCCGGAGGAAAACCCGCUCCCUCCCAGACCGAACACCCUUCCACACCUCUUCUCAUGUGGGGAGCUCCAAAUCCGCCUCCCUUCCUGCCUAUGGGAGAAGCACCCUUGCCAGGCUGCAGUCCACGGAGUUCAGCCCUGCUGGCAGCGAGAAGAGCAGCCCAGGUAGGAGAAGCCGCAGCGCUGCCCAGGGUGGGAAUGGCCAAAGAGGGCGGAUGGACCGGGGGAACUCCCUUCCUAGUAUGCUGGAGCAAAAGAUGUACCCAUAUGAGAUGCUGGUGGUGACCAACCGAGGUCGGGUGAAGCUGCCGCCAGGAGUGGACAGAACGAGGCUCGAGCGCCACUUGACCCCUGAGGAUUUCCUGCGUGUGUUUGAGAUGACGCCAGAUGCAUUUGCCAAACUGGCCUUGUGGAAGCGGAACGAGCUGAAGAAGAAAGCCUUCCUCUUCUGAUCCCGGCCCUGCUCCGAGCCGACAUGCUCAGCGUGUGCGCUCCGUGUGUGUCGAUCCGUCUUGCAUCACAGACGCUUUAGGGCUACUUUUGAGCUGGUCCAAAGGAUUGCUCCUCUCUCUCCUUCCUGCCCUGCUGACUGCAGAAGAGGCUGUGAGCCUGUCCCACUGCAGGGCGGAGGAGCAGGCCGGAGGUCAGUGGGAAGAGGAACUGACCGACGGGCCCCCCGGGUGGGGCACAGCCCCCUCUCCUCAGAAGGAAGCGGAGCAGAGGAUAGUGGGGGGGAGGCUGCCCCUCCUCCUCCUCCUCCUCCUCCUCCUCCCUGCCGCGAAGGCCUCUCACAGUCAUGUCUUGUUGUGGGGUCAUCUUUCCCCUUCCUUGGCAUGCAAGGACCCUGGGACAGCCCCAGCCAGCACAGGGCCGAGAGGUUUGCUUGGGCCCUGGGGCCACCUGGACAGGCAGAAACGAGCACAAGGGCAGCUGGGCUCCACGGUCCCCCUCGCCUCUGCGGGAGUGGCAGCGUGUCUAGGCACAAGGCAGAGGGGGGCCGCCCUCUCACCACCUUCCCUGGCUCUUGCCCAGUUACACGAGAGCAAGGGAUCCACUGCUGCCCCCCUCCAGUCGAGGCUACUGGCAGACUCAGUCCAAGCACUCCGCCACUGACUGCCAGGUGGUGGGAAGGGACAGAAAGGUGGGCUGCAUUUGGAUAGGCCGGCUAUGCGGACUCCUCCAGUCUGCCAGAGGCCCCCCCCCCCCCGCGCGCGCCCUCUGGGCCUGCUCCCCCUAAGUCCCCGCUUGCUGAAUCCCUCCAGAGGCCCCGUUGCCUGCCUCUCUCAGGCCUUGAGGCUUCUCACCACGCAGGUCACUCCAGGAGGGGAGAGGGCCACAGCCUCCCGUGGGUGUCCUCGCAUCACAGUGGCCAUCAAGCCUGCACGCCCCACCUCUGCCCAGCCAGAUUCUGCCCUUCCCCUCUGUGGGUCGCAGAGAUGUGUCCUGCCCACGCCAUGCAGUGGACAGAUGCCCUGCAGCCUCGCUUUCCCAGGCCCCUGCAUGACGAGGUUCCUCUCCUCUGGGGCAGCCCUUACCCACGGGGGGGCCUCCCGAAGCGGGGGGGCAGUGAGCUAGCCAAAUGCCCGGCCCAGAGCAGUCAAGAGGCACACCUUCACGCCAAGAGAGGGCACCCUCGCACCUUUUUAGAACAGCCCUGCUGCUAGAUCCUGUUUCACACAGUGGCCCACCAGAGGCCUUGGGAAGCAUCAGUAAGGCCUUGACCAGCCCAACUCUUGACCUUGACAGAGGCUGCUUGAGAACACAAGGACAGCCCUGCUGGGUCAGGCCCAAGGAAGCCCAUCUAGGCCAGCAUCCUGUUUCCCACAGUAGCCCAGCAGAUGCCCCCGAGAAGCCCACAGGCUAGAGGGGAGGGUAUUGUGAAUGCACCGAUCUCAUGGCUCCACCGCAAAGCCCUCUUUGGAGCACCAAAAUCCUGCUGUAGCAGGUGGGGCAGAAGAGAGAGCAGGGCCAAGAAGCAGCAUGCUCGCGCUGCGCCUUUCGAGCUGGAUCAGUGCCCCAUGUGGGCACUGCACUCCUUCAGCCCAGGUGGGCCUGCAAAAACCUGCUCCACAAAGGGACAAAAGACUGUGCAGGCAGCCAUGGCCAAGAUGUGGGGAAGGGCCCCUAGACCUGAGAGACAAAGGCUCCUGGUUAUCCGCUCUCCGCCACCCUCAAGGGGCUCCAUGGCAGCCUGUGGAGAGGUCAGAUACACCACCAGGAUGCCAGUGAACAGGAACCCGGCUUGACGCUGCAGCCAGGAAGAGGCAGGGAGUUGGGCCAGAAAGGUGAGGGUUGGCCAAGCUGCCAGAAGCCUCCUCGCUGAUUCGGGAGGCCACUCGUGGCCAAGGCCACAGCUCCUUAGCGAGGGGCUGCACAGAGGUGAUGGAGCUUUCCCCCAGUUCCAUCCUGCAUGGUUCCUCCACCGGCUCCAAGGACCAAGCCCGCUCCCCUGCCACCCACGGGGCUCUUGGCCACAGGGCCUGAGGACGUGGCUGCCCAUCUGCCUCAGAGCACAGCCGUGGUGGAGCAUGCGGAGAAAGCCGGGGAGGCCCAUCACGUGGCCAGGCAAAGGGAGGCCUCGAGGACAGAAAUGGGGAGCGGUCUUUUGGAACCGCCGAGGGCCCGGGUGGGAGGAGGAAGUGGGUCUCUGCCCAGCCUGCACUGCAAGCCACCAACCUGGACUGCCCACUCUUGACCAGCCAACCAACCAUCCCACCAGCUGUGGGGAGCUGCCUUCCUUGGCUCCAGAACAGGGGCCUGAAUUCCAGCUCACUCCCUUUCCCUCCGCGCAGCACCCGCCGUUCCGUUCCCUCCGCCACCAGCCCACGUGUGCAAAUGUAAAGGAUGUAAUUUAUUCGAAGUCAUUGCUCUAUACUUGCUUCCCAGUGCUACUGAUGUGAACAUCUCUAUAAAUAUAUAAAUAUGGACUUCUCCCACUUCGAACACACUGGCUCACCAUCUCCCCUUCCCCAUUUUUGCUAGUGUCAGAAUCUGUGUGAAGAAGAGUUCCUUCCCCUUUCAAUUAAAUGUGAAGUGGCUUGACUCAA